CAACUCUCCUCCAUGUUCAUUCACACACGCGCAAGUGAAGCAACCAUAUCGACAGCGCAUUUCCAAUACUCGAACCUAGAUCAUCUGCAUCUCGGAUUGGGACGGUAAACACACCUCCUAUUCCAAGCAUCACAGCCACAGAAAUGUCAUCAUCGCUCAAACGCAAAGGAUCACCCACGAUCGACGCAUCAGAGGAAUCUUCGAAACGACGAUUCGCAGAAGCCACCGAAGGCGCCAAAUCCGACAACGACAAUGCUACGGAAUCGCAGAAGGAACCGCAGAGCACCGACCUUGAAGCGGACGAAACGAUCUCGACAGCGGGUUCAUCGACAGCAGCAACCACCACCACAGCAGAUCCCGUGACCGACCGAUUAGCACGAUUCGCCGCCCUGCGCGCGCGCAAUCAAGCCUCCCGGAAAUCCAACCUCCACGAAACCAAACACGAAGCGAAACGCGCCAGCACCGACCUCAGUCAACUCUCAUCACUAAACCGCAAGAAAGAGAUCGCCGCGCACAAGCUCCUCAAAGCAGAGAUCGAAGACGGCGGCGAGGACUUCGAGCGGAAACGCGCCUGGGACUGGACGAUCGAGGAGAGCGAACGGUGGGACGCGCGGAAAGCCGAAAAGGCCAACAACCGCGACAAGAACGCCUUCGCGGACUGGAGCCAGGAGGCGGAGAAGAUCUACUCGCGCCAGGUCGGCUCCCUGGAGAAGAACGGCGGGAUGGACGAGCGGCGGUCGGCCUACGAGGCGGAGAAAUCCGCGGCGAUCAAGCGCGCCGUGCAGAGCGGGGGGCUGGAGCUCGUGGAGACGAAGAACGGCGAGCUGAUCGCGGUGGACCGCGACGGCACGUUCUACAGCACGGCGGAUCAACAGACGACCUUCGCGGGCAACAGCAGCAAACCCUCCCGGGCGGCGGUGGACCGUCUGGUCGACGACAUCAAGAAGGCGGAGGAGGUCCGGCUGAAGAAGAGGCGGGACCGGGGCCGGGCGGACGACAACGGAGGCGACAUCACCUUCAUCAACGAGAAGAACAAGCAGUUCAAUUUGAAGUUGGCCAGGUUCUAUAACAAGUAUACGGCGGAUAUCCGGGAGAGCUUCGAGAGGGGCACGGCGAUAUGAGGGAUGGUGGCGUUGUUUUUUCUUUUCUUUUUUUCCGCCGGAAAUCGAACCUUGUCGUGAGAAACAUUAUGGCGUUCCUCUUUGGGUUGUGUGUUAUCAUUCGAGAAGACGGCGCACGAGCGAUUGACGAGAUUUCGUCAUCAUUAAUUCCAGUGAAGGUUGAAUGACUCGUUGGUCUUUGCACGCUGAAGAUGGAACUACCUGAUGAUGCAGAUGUAUUUGGGCCGGCCUUACUCAGACUGCUACCAGGGUCUUAUUGUCCUGUCUACUGCGAACAUCUCGUUAUCCAGAGGAGGAGGAGGAGUCGCAGUGAGAGAUGCUACUCUUCAUUCGCCCAUCCAUACGGAUGUUGAUGUUGCCCUCGGCAUUCGACCGAUGCCGCACGUGUUUUUGAUCCGUUCAGUUCCCCGAAAAUUGCUAUACAUACCAAACUGUCUCACAUCUAGGAUUCCAUGCGGUGUAAGCUGGGCCGGA